UGGGAAGUUCAAAACAACAGUGAAUGGUGUUUUGUUGCAGGCAGACGUAUCACACAACGAAGAUUUUUUUCUGACAAGGUUAAAGUAUGGAUAAGAAGAAAUCCAAGGUGACGGUGGUGGUCCGUGUACGACCCAUUCUUAAGGCAGAAGACAAAAAUUGUGUGAGCUGUGUUGCUAACUCAAUAGAAAUUUUCAACCACCGCAACGUCAAUGAAAAUAUCAAAUAUGAUUUCACAACAGUGUAUGAUAUGACUGCCACUCAGCAGAAGCUGUUCCAAGAAUGUUUGAAGCCCAAACUUCUGCAUGCCUUACAGGGACAGAAUGUGUCCAUAUUUGCCUAUGGACCCACAGGGGCUGGAAAAACUCACACCAUGCUGGGUACCUCAAGUAACCCCGGCGUCAUUCCUCGGGUCAUCAACGGAGUGUUCCAGAAAAUUUCAGAAGAAAAGAAAGCCUGCAAGGGCGAGCAGUGGAAGUACAAUGUCUCCUUUUCUUACCUGGAGAUCUACAACGAAAAGGUAAUGGACCUGUUAGAUGUAAAGAACUCCGACCUGCCUAUCAGAGAAGAUGGAGAUAAAAAUAUAUUUGUCCCGGGACUGGCGAAACGGGAGAUAGAAAGUUUUGACGAGUUUAAAGUUCAUUUUGGACCAGCAUCCAAUAACAGGACGGUGGCAGUGACGAAGCUGAAUGACCGAUCAAGUAGGAGCCACUGUAUUUUACGGCUUGACCUGAGAAAGUCACAGUUGUGUGCACCAUUCAGAGAACUACACGGUAAGAUCUACCUGAUAGAUCUGGCCGGGUCUGAGGACAACAGAAGGACGGGUAACCAGGGCAUAAGGUUGAAGGAGAGUGGGGCCAUCAACAAGUCCCUGUUUGUGUUGGGAGAAGUCGUCGACGCCAUAAACAACCACCUACCUCGGGUACCCUACAGAAACAGUAAACUUACUAGGCUUCUACAGGACUCGAUAGGUGGAUCCUGUCACUCCGUAAUGAUCACUAACAUCGCCCCGGAGCAGCGGUACUACUACGACACCUACUGUACCCUAAACUUCGCCAGCAAGAGUAAAAAGAUUGUCAACAGCACGUGUGUGAGGGAGACCAUACCGUCCAGACAAGAGCUUGCAAGAAAAACACCUGUCCGACCGGAUGACGAUGAGGCAAGUCUGCCGAAGAAAGCAAGAAUGUCUGUUAAAGUAGCAAACACACCUCCGACAAUGCAGGAUCCUGCCCCUUUUCUCAGUCCGCUGCUACGCCGACAGAACCGUCUGGAGGAAACAGUCAAUCGGCGACUGGAAGACCUCGAGAAGAACAUCCUCAACCAGAUGCGAGAGAUGGCUCACACCAACGGCCAGCCAGCUUCAAACCCAGAUUUUAUGUCCCAGCUCCAAAAACAGCUGGAAGCCAGUCGGCAACAAUUACAGACGAUCGCACACCACACACCGCCAUCCUCACCUGUCCCUCCCAGGGUACUAGCAGACAAGACAAAUGCUUCCCCUGUGAAAACGAAAAAAUCAAAGCUGAAGCGACAGAAGAGUGAAAAUGACAUCAGCUGUAGUCCCCUGUUUGCAGCCCAGCCUCGAGUCUUCAAGAAGGGCUUCAGGUCCUCAGCAAGCUCCUCCAGGCUUCUAGACACAAAGAGUCCAAAAACAGACGAUUCCUGCGGCUCUAUAGACUUACAGAUGUCUAUAAAUGAGGAAUUCCUAACCAGACUCAACACAUCGACAGUCAAGGAUCUCCAGUCACUACAAACAGUAGGAGUCAAGCGGGCGAAGCUCAUCUUUGAGUGGCGGGAGGCAUAUGGUCUUUUUUCAAAUUAUGAAGAUUUAAAGAAAAUCCCUGGUUUCACAGACAAGUACAUUGGAAAUCUAUUAAAGAGUAACUUAGUGGCAGUGUCAUAAAAUGAUGCCUAACAAGGACUCGCAGUGCUUGAGAAAAACUCGUUGAACACUUGCUCGGACUGCAGGCGAGGACUGAGUACUACUGUCAGGUGUUUUAGUCUCCUACCAGUCAGGCUGAACAGAACUUUCCAAAAUGAGGCUGUGCUUACUGCAUGUAGCUACCCAGGCAGUCAGUGCUCUGACCAGUUCUGCCAAAGAGCUAAAAGCUUCCAGUCGGCCCAGUUUCAUGAAUGUUCCCUAACUUAAGGAAAUUCCUUAACUGAAGUUUUUCCAUUGGCACAUAUGUAGCUGAAAUUAAGGAAAAGUCUUAACUUAAGCAAAUUUUCCUUAAUUCCAUAGGUUUUGAUGGAGAAUCUUCAGUUCAGAAACAUUUAUGAAAUCGGAUGGUAAAGAAUUGAACCGGUUCACCACAGAGUGGGUAUUAAAGACAAUUUUACAAUUGAUCAUGAAACAAAAUGGCAGCUAAAUCGUUAAUACUGUACCAAUAAUUUAUUAGGUAGAAUAUUUUCAGAGAAAAAAAUGUAUGUUGAUUGAAUUUUUGUAGAUUUUAAACAGGCUUCUUAUAAUUACACACAAGACAAAUUUUGCUUUGACAGUUAUAUUUUUUAGUGAAUUAAAAAGAAAAUUUGUCAACUUUUUCUAUUAUUAACUAAAUUUGUUAUUUUUAAAAAAGUCGAUGACUUUUGUUUUACAUAAAAUUAACCAUUAUUUUUCAAGACGUCAUUUUUGGAAUAACGUAUUGGUGUUCAUUGGGCAAUAAUCAAAUUGAGCAGUAGAGUUGGUAUGAAUGAUUCAUCAUGAAGUUUGUUCAAACCUUAUUUUGUCUUAACAAAUUUAAUGUUUACCCCACUGAAACUGUAAGCAAUUAAUCUCAUCUUAUUCUGUUAUGGGGCAAAUUUCUUUCUUUGCAGUAAUUUUAUUUUCACUUAUUCUAUCCUCAUUUCUAUUCCGUCUUUGCAUAUUGCAGAGUUAUCUUCUCUCGUGUGGAAAAAAUUAUUGUUACGUCAUUUGUUUGUGAGAGUAACGUCAUAAAUUUUUGAGAAAACAACGUAAUUUUCUCACACAAACCAAUGACGUAACAAUAAAAGAUAACUCUGCAAUACGCAAAGACGGAAUAUAACGAUGAAGCUCCUGAAAGUAUCGUAUUUUUUAAGGAGCAUGCUACACAAGAUACUGUACUUGAAAGCCAACUGCAAUUAAUGUGCAUGCAUCAGAUUUUAUACAUUUAGGACUAUAAAAAAAAAUGGAAAACUAUUUGAACUCGUUUGUAAUAAGAAUUUAAAUUAAGUUUUUGAAAUUACUUUGGGAUAUGUAUCUCUGUCAUUUAAGUGUCGCAAGUGUUGGUAAUGAAUACCAACUGACCGUUACAUUAAAUGUGUAUAAAUGAAAAUAAUUUGAUAUAGCUCAUCUUCACCAGUCAUUUCUGUAGUCAUCGCAAUGCUCAUUUUUUCAGGGAUGAAUUUCACAUAUCGUAGAGCAGGAUAUUUCCGUGAUUUCGUGGGUCAAUAACGUGAUCGUCAUAAUAUGAUCUGCAGAAUAAUGUGACAAGCGUAAAAAUGAGCCCUGAUAAUAAGCUUCAUAACUGUAUAUAAUGUCUCAAUGAAAUGGCGAGCAUGUGGCUGUAAUGAUUCAUUUACAUGAAGAGUAAUUACAAGAUGUCUGAAAAUAGAUUAUAUUGCACAUUUAAAAGUUUUAUCGAUGAUUUGUUUGAUAAAAUACUCUUUAGCUAAAUAUUUUGUAAUAAAGCAAAUAAUGUAUUUGGCAAUUUGACACUUGGGUUCAUUCACAUGUCAAGAUCGCGAAGUUAUAACCUGUGUGAAUUUCUCAUUUUCUAAUUUUGGGUCAAAAUUGCGAAAAAAAUAACUGCAUAAAUAACCCAUUACGGUAUGAUUCAUCACAGUUGGUCUGCAUUGGCCACUUCAAUAGAAAGUGUAAAUGGCAGGUUCUAGUACCGAAUCUUUUGGUAUGAAACAACCAACAUAUUACUCUUCCAUGUUUCAGUCUCAAUAUACAUAUAUAUUUUUUAACUCAAUUCAUCAUGAUCUCAAAACCAAAGAUGUAAAUAUUGUAAAUAUUAAUUAUGUAAAUAUGUAUGUUGUAUACAGUAAUCAUGAUAGUCAACUGUACAAGUCGCGUGUCCGAUAUUAGUGAGGUACGGAUGUGUUGUAUAUAUGUACAGAAAGUGUCGAGUACCUGAUGUUUUAGUAGAAACCUAUCACUUCUUCCUAUUAUCUUUCUCUUCUUAUUUCUACAAAAUUAUGUUGGUACGAAUAUAUACUUUUUGAAUGAUUGUGUGUGUGACUUGAUGUUCGAAAACACAAAUAUUUUUGUAAUCAGCGGAUAAAUAUAUAUAUACAUUUUAUGUCACACAUGAAUUAACAGAAGUUUCAAACAAGUGUUGAGUACUUAUCAUGUUUACCUCUCGACAGUUUACUAUAAAAUAAACUUUCAGCAGAUGCAAAGCUCUACCACAUGAGCAUCUGAAGUUUUAAAAUUAAUAGCAGUUAUAGCUCAGUACAGCUGUGUAUGAUCCAGUCAGGGUGAGGUUACUGACGGUAGUGUCACCUUGGAUACUACAUACAUGUUAGAACAUAUCGUUACAUACAUAUAUUUAUAUAUUCAGAAUGACUAGGAUCUGUUAGCCGUUCCUUUCACUUUUAACAUUUCAUAUCACUAAAGGUGUCGUAAUGAAUUGUCAGGAACACCACAGUUCAGUUGAGUUUUUAAAGAUAUGUAAAAGGUUCACUGAAAACAACCAUCAGUAUGUGUCUGCUCAACCAAACUUCAAUUUUGAAUUUAUCUCAAAAUCCCAGAUAAUUGAUAAAUAAAUUAUUGGAACCAU